UAGUUUCAAUUUGCUUAUAUCACAACAGAUUAAAUUUAUACAGAAUGAUCUCAGGAAUGAAGAUACAGUAACGUGGCUAGUAAUAUUACCGGAAAGACCCUGGCCAAGUUCAAACAUUGCGCUAAGGGCAUCCGCAGUGGUGCGGAUGUCCCGGCGGAAUUCCCCGCGGAAUUCCCAAAAACACCUCAUGCCACGUCAUAAGGACUUCCCACUGCACUGCCACGUCAUACGGACUUCCCACUGCACAGUGACGGAAUUCCCCUGCGAAAUUUCCAUGUAAAAAAAAUCACAAAUUCACAAAUUCUCAAUUCCCACAAAAAGUCAAUCCUUUAGAAAUAGAAGCUUCCAUACAAUCGUAGAUUCAGCCAUAGAUAAACAAAUAUUUGUCUGACCAAUUCGCCCUUCUUCAUCAAGUCUCCUCCCACGCAUAUAUACCCCUUAUUUCCUCAAUUUGAAUUCAAAGUUUCAAACAGCCCCCAAAAUAUUUUUCAAAUCAUCAAAAUUCAGCAAAACAAAUUCUCAGAUGUUCAUUUGCGGAAGUGGAAGUUUCAGCAAUCAGGAUGACGAACCCUACCUCAGCCCCUGCUCCACCCCCAAGCGAUCGCGCCGGAGCACCAGCUUCUGCAAACUCAUGUCAAGAGACAGCGCCUCCAAAAAUCCCUACGCCGAUCGAGGCCUCGACAAAUUCUACGCUCUCUUAGCAGAUCUCGACGAUAAGAAACAGAAGAUCUACACGCAGAAAGGCUCCGAGCACAUUUCCUUCGUCCGAUUCGUCUACGAUAACGACUCCGACAGCGUUAAACCGAUCGUAAUCAAAGUCAAGGACAGAUCUCCCCUAAAAUCGGCGAAGAAUUUCACCGAUCAACGCAGCUUCAAGAGCUCCAACGACGCCUCGCCGCCGCCGCCGUCACCGGAACCGGAGGCGAAGAUCGAGAAAACGAUGAAGAAGAAGAGAUCGCUGAGAUGCAAGGGGAAUUUAAAGCUGGAGGAUCUGAAACGUCCCCAGUUAUUUUUCCCGGUGAUGGUGGUGCUGAUUCUGGUGUUUCUGGCGAUCUACGGAAGGUCGUUCGCGAUCCUGUGCACGUCGAUUGUGUGGUAUUUGGCUCCGACGAUCGCCGGAGGGAGCAGCGGGGCGGCGGUGGGAGGUGAGAGAAAGCCGAAGAGGAAGAAGGAGUAUGUGAGGAAAAGGAGCGAGAAGAUGGCGGUUGUGCAUAGUGAGGAGGGACCUUCCUCACCAAAAAGUGUGAUCAAUGGACUUCAGCAUGAUCGUAAGAGCAGUUGGUGACUUUAUUAUUGUUAUUUUUUUUAUCAUUUGUGAGAGUCGAUCGAAGAGUAUUCGACUUUUCUUGAGUGUGGUUGAUGUAAAUAAUUCUUUUCUUUUUUUAUUUAUUUGUUUGGAACAUAAGUUAUCUUAAACUGGAAAA